AUGUCGGCGCUCAAGGCCCAUGCUGGAGCUGCCACCCCUGGGGAGGCGGCACCGCCCUUCUGGCGCCCGCCCGUUUGGAGCCUGGAACGGCGUGAGCGUGGCCUCGGAGACGCGGUUCACUGGUCGUUCCGGUCCGGUCGGGACGGCGGGGCGACCGGGAGGGGUGCGAGGGAAGGCAGGGGAGGGGCAGAGGGGCCUGGGCCGGCUAUGGAUCUGUACCUCAGCGCCUGCUCCAAGGCUGCCAACGACGCCGCCGCCAGGACGGCCAGCAGCGGCCUGUCGGCGGACAGCGAGCAGUGUAGAGACGCCGUGCACAAAAACCACUUUGCAGGGGUCGGACCGGGUCACCUACUGGAUCUGCCUCUUGGGGUCAAGCUGCCUGUGAUCCCAGGAAGUGAUACUGUAUUCUUUACUACGAAUUUAAGUGAAAAGGAAUGGAAGACAAAAGAGAUGUUACUUUUGACAAAGAUCGGAGAAGAUGUUAAAAGAGAAGAAAGGAUAGAACAACAACGUCAUAGAAGCAGAGAAGAGAGUGACAGGAAGAUUGUAUGUACGUUGAGAGAAUUGAAUAAGUACAGGCAAUAUCUUACCAGUUUAAAAUUAGACUUUGAAAGAAACUAUAUAAGAGAACAAAAAAUGCUUGCAAGACAACUACAUAAACUACAGGAAAACCAUCAAAUCCCUGAACAUUCUGAUGUUGCACAGUUCCGAAAUUGGUUGUUAAUGGACAGCCCUCAAUUUAUUAAUGACCAGGAGCGGUUAAUGAGGCAUAGAUAUGUGGAUAUGAUAAAUAGGGAACUAGAACGACUUGAGCGCAGAGCAGAAGAGCAACGCCUCAAACAAGCCCUUCUAGAGAAAAAAAUGGCUUAUCAUUUACAAAAAAUGCAAGAUACUGGCUUUAAAGGAGAAGAUACGGAAAAAAAUGCAUUUAAAUACAAAGGACAAGAUGGAACAUUUUGUGAAUGCAAGGAUUUCAGAUGCUACAGAUCUCAGGCUCAUGCUGUGGCCCCGGGGAUUUUUUCAUCUCCUGUUUACUCAAAUAGACAACAGAGUCUCCUACAAAAUUGCUUGCAAGAAAAAGUAACUUCUGAAGAACUGAAUAGUAUAAUCCAGAAUAUAAUGACCUGGGUUGUGGCUACAGUGACCAGUAUAUUAUACCCAGCCAUCACAAAAUAUGAAGAAAGGUUGAGAAAUAAUACAUAUCCAGUGUCUGAGGAGUCCACCCUUUCUUCAGAUAGUUCAAGUUUCUGUAGCACAUGCAGCGAAGACUUUACAUAUGGAAACUACACAUCUGCAACAACUAAAAUGUUUCAGGAGGAGCCCUGUGCAUUUGCAGUUGACACUUCAGCAAGGAGCCAAACCACACCUUUAAAACCUCCUUCUGCACAUAUGGAAAGAACAGUUGUGGGGAAAGCACAUCACAUGAAAGAACAAUCUAUAACCUCUAAAUGCAGAUAUGAUAAAAGCAGUUUGAUAUGUUCAUGCCCUAAGCUCAGACAUUGUAAGUCUGAUAGUCACCUUUUAGCAUCAUUUGAAACAGGCACAACAAAAUCUAAGAAUGCUACCACUGAAACAGAUAGCUUAGGAAGUUCAUUUUUUUGUGAUCAAAAAGUGAAAGCCAUGGAUGAAAUUAAGAAUUUAAAAAAUGUUUUUGUUAACUUUAAAUGUUACUUGAAAGAAGAAACUCAAUUGAUUUUAGAAAGCAUUUUUCAAGAAAUAAUGUCCGAUUUAACCCAGGCCAUCCCCUCUCUUUCUUCUGUUACUGCUGAAGUUUUUGUUGACCAACAUGAGCCUGAAAAAGAAGACUUGCUCUCCGAUGUUGAUAUCUGCUCAGUAGCUUCUGAGAUUGUGGAAAGUAUGCUUGAGAAGUUAGAACUGGCAGUUGAGAAAAGAUGUGUUGAGAUGUUUUCACAGGAAGAUUUGUCAGUUGAUAUUAAAUCAAGCUUAACAGCCAGUGAAGAACACCUCAUAUCAUCAAAUGAAAAACCUUUAAAAGAUUCACUGCCUCAUACUUUGGACCCCAUGUGUGAUAUUGCAGAGGACAUGGUACAUGAUAUUUUAGAAAAGCUAAAGACUCUUACAUCUUAUAAACGAAAUGAACUUCCUCAUCUUGAAGAUACAACUAAACUUUCCAAUCAGCAACAUAAGACAGACCCAACAUGUAUGUUCCUUCAAAGAGCUGGCAAUAAUAAAUCUAAUCCUGAACCUGAUGCAGCUAAUUUAAUUGUCAAAGAAGAAAUACACAAUUUAAUAUCAAGUAUUUUUUCCCAGUCCUCUUUGGUUGGUUAUAUAGAAGAAGCAAUCAGCACCAUACUAGGUUAUGUACAAACUGAACUUAAUAAUGAGAGACUUAUUGCAUCGGAAGAAACAGUAGAACUCCUUCAGCUAUUUGAUGAUAUCCUCACUCAGCUCCAUCGGGAACCAGUAAAUGCACGUGUUCAAAAAUGUAGACAACCUAGAAUAAGAAAAUCUUCUGACACUGAAGAAAAGUACAGACUCACUGGCACCAGAUUAUCUAAUCAUCCUAAAUCUGGAAGAUCAUUUUCACCUAUUAAUGUUCCAGGCAUGGCCCUUUAUUCUGAAGAUGAUAAUGAAGAGAUAGACAAAAUUGUAAAAAAUGUGCUUGAUUCAUCUUUCAAAGAGGAAAAAACAAAAUCACAAAAACAGAUUCCUAAUCAUUGGUCUACAAAGGGAAACACUUGUUUUGAAUACAAAAGAAAUAGCGAACCACCUACAAAGCCUGCUUCUAGAAGCAAAGGUGUAAUUCAUGAUUGGGAAUUAAAGUCUGAGAUACCAUCUAUUAAUAAUCACGACAUUUUAAAGAAAAAGCCCUGCUUGAAUAAAGACAUUUCCUUUUUUAGCCAAGAUCAAAAGCAUCAAAUACAAAAGGCUUCAGAAAACACAGUUAGAAGUAUUUUAACAGAAAUGCUCAAGAACAUAUCUUCUGUUCCUCCUGUUCACUUAGACAGCCAUGCCAGGAAAAAAGCUUCAGUUCUUACUUCAGAAAAACCUCAAGGACCAUCACAUCAAGAAUGGAUGGACCAGAUGUUCUCUGUGUCAGAAAUUAGUUCAGUGGCCCAAGAAAUAACAGAUGCUGUGUUAAAUAUACUUCAUAAAGCAUCAAGUUUCAUUUCAUCAUCAGUUCAGCAAACUUCACUAGAUAAUUCUGAUACUUGCCACACAGUCAAAGAAACACCAAAUAAAAAACCAUUGAAAAUAUGGUUUGACAGUGAAAAGAAAAUGAAAUACUUAUCUUCACUUGAUAUAGAUCCUGCAGCUUCUUCCUGUUUAAAAUUUGGAGAAAGUGAAUCUAAACAUGUAGAAGACAUUACUGACAAGAUCAUUAAUACAAUUUUUAAAAGGCUAAAGUUAUUUGUUUGUCCAAAAUUGCAAAUGGACUUCAAACCUUCACUUGCCAAGAAAUCUUCAUUACAAUCUCAACUUAGUUCUUACACAGCUAAAGUAGUAAACAUUGUUUUGAGUGCUAUCCUGAAUGAACUGGAACUCGAUGAGGAAAACCUAAAUAUUAGGGAAAUUGACCAUACUAAAUCCCUUACAGGGAAAGGAUUUUUUGCUGACACUGAUAGAAAAUUAAAAUCUGUUGUCACAAAUAGCAAUGAUGACAUUACGGCAAGUCCAUUAUUAACUUGUAUUUAUGAAAUGUUAUCAAGUAAAAAUGCAGAUCAAAGAAAUAUUUCACUUCCUUCAGAUAAGCCAGAAUCUGCAACUUCAUAUGGAUCUGACAACAUUGAUAAACAAAAUACUUUGCCAAGUAGGCAGGAUAAAAAAUCUUUUUACAAAUAUUUGGCUACUCCAUGUACUCUCCACAGUUUCAUUGAUGGAAAAGAUCUUAAAGAGAAUGCCAAAUUGCAAGUGUUAGAUAGAAUUGGGGAAACACUACAUGAAAUGUUAAGCAAGCUUAUAGGAGCCCCUCCUCACUCUCAGCCGUCUUGUAGUCAGCAAAACAAAGAGAAGAUGAAUGAAAAUCAGCAAAGGGCUGCUGCAUUGCAGUCUAAUAUUCAGCUCAUUUCCAAAGCAAUUUUGGAAUACAUCCUUGCAAAAUUAUGUAGUAUUGGCAUGGAUAUCAGUUUUGCAAGUUCUGGAUUUAAAGCUCUCCCUGAGUCUCUUGACAUUGACAGCCUAUCAUUUACUUCAAUUAUUGAGGAAAUGGCCAAAUGCACCAACGUAAUCUCCAGCAUAGUUUCACAAAUAAUUCAGGAAGGCAAUAAAGAGGUGACCAAAUGCAAUGCAAAAACUAUUUCUCCUGUGCCCUCCAAAGAAGGGAGUACAAAAGAAAUGCAUCCAAAUAAAAUGAAAGCUGUAGCUUCAGAUAUUCUUAAUAUGGUCUUUGCUAAACUGGAAUGGUUUGCCAAUGGAAAUUUAGAAACUAUAGGUGCUAAUAAUAACGGAAAUAAGAAGAGCAGUAAAAUGGAUUGGGAAUGUGAAAGUACCAGUAUUUUCACAGACACGUAUAUAGAAUCUUUGCAAUCUGCUUUAUACAUGCAUGCAAAGAAGGUAUCAAGUGCUAUUUUGAAGGCUAUUCAAACAGAAUUAAAUUUGAACCCAUCAGAUUUGAGCACAAGUGUAAAAAAUCCACCACCUCAGGCACAAAUGUUUAAGAAUAUAGUCAAUUUAAUUUUAGAUGCAAUAUCUUCAAAUAUCUUUAACGAAACUCAAUCUGAAGAGAGAGACAUUGAAAAUUAUCGAUACAGGCCAACUUAUGGAAAUUUUCUUCCUGGAGGAGCUGAAUCAGAUUCAUUUCUAGAAGAUGAUGCAAAUACAGAGAAAAUACUUAUUGGAGAGACAUCACAACUAAGAGAAGAAACUAAAACACAUUCUCUUGAACAAUGGGUCCUAGAAAGAACCUUAAACAAAAUUGAAGUAAAACUCAAAGAACCACAUAAAUCUCCAAUCACUCCCAUUAUAAGAAAUAUUUUGAAUGAAAUUUUUCAAAGUGCUUUAAUCAAUCAAUUAAAUGUGCUUUCUCUCUCCCACUCUCAUUUUAGUGGCAUGCCUCACAAUGUUGAUGAGCCAGUUGCUCAACCGUCUGUUCAAUUUAUGGACAAAAUGAUGGGUCCUUUAGUUUCUGAAGAAGAUGUAACCAUAGUAACAGAUAAUAUUGUUAGAACUGUAUUUCAUAAACUUUAUUCAGCUGCUAUGACAGAAAGAAAUGUAAGUAAAAAUAAGUAUAAAACAAUUACCUUUUCAACAAAUGUUUCUUUUCAUGAACACACCUAUAGAGGAAAGUCUUCUGUCACUGUGUUGGACAGAAAUCCAUGUACUCUUCAGUCCAGAUUCAGUGUUGACAAACAGGUCAAGGAAAAUAUAGUUGAAGAUAUUGUACAGGCAAUAUUAAUAAAUUUAGAAACUUUUGCUACUUCCAAAUUAAAAUCUCUCUUUUGUCCCCAAGUCAGCUUCACAGUUCCAGUGCCUUUACCUAUUCAGCAAGAUAAGACUACAUUGAGCAACGCAUUAUCAGCCAAAGAUUCAUAUUUGAAUGAGCAAUCUUCCUGUUGCUCAGUGGAUUAUAUUAAGUCAGGAAAGACCAACUUGUGCCAAGUGUCUUUGUCUAAAUUAAAUAGUUAUGCAACAGAAGUGGCUAGAAAAAUUUUACAAGGCAUCAAACAUGAGUUAGAUAAAGAAAGAGAAAUUCCUUUCUUAAAUCAUAACAUUGUGGUUUCUGAGAGUAUUACAAGUCAAAUUGUUAACACAAUGUUAGAUAUUGUCUCAUGUAAAGGCAAAUGUGACAAAACCAGUUCUGACAAAAAGAUUGACUCAGAUCAGCAAGAAGGUAUUAUUGAAAAGCUGUUCAAUAAGACUGAAUAUAGAAAAGUACUUCAAUUUCAAAUACAAGAUACCAUUGAAGGUAUCUUGUGUGAUAUUUAUGAAAAAACACUAUAUCAGAAUAAUCUCUCAUUUGCCACACCCACCCUGACAUGCAGCAUAGCUGGUAAACAUUCAGAAGCAAAUUCUGAAACGUCCAUUGAGGGUGCAAAUAAGAUUAUUCCAAAACUUUCAGUUCCUAAAUCAGAUGUCAUCUUGAUAUCCAAUGAUAUAGUGAAUAUUGUUCUCCAUAAUCUCAGUUCUGCUGUCAUGCUUGUCAUAAAAGCAAAGAAUCCUACUUCAGCAAGAUUGCCUCUGACCUUUUAUGAUAUGUUUCCCAAAACAGAGUGUCAACAGCCUCAUCUUAUGGCUUCAAAAAGUGAAAGAAAAACAGAAUGUUUUCCAUAUUCAAGAAAUCAGAAAUCGGCUUAUGCUGAUGAUAAUCAGGUAACAAUAGUAAAGAAAGAAGACAUCAAGAAAUCUGCCCCUGACCCAUGUGAGGAAAAUGCUGACUUCAUUACUAAAUCUAUUUUCAAUUGUUUAGAAUCUUUUGCGACAGAAAGAGUAGAUUCAUUAAUUACUCUUGCUUUCCAGCCUAAAGAAAAGUCAUUUGUUAGCCCAGAAUUUCAAAAUUGUAAACAAGAUGACAGCGUUUUUCAUGAUUCAAGCCAAGUGGAAUCAAAUGUGAACGUCCUGAGAAUAUCAACAACUGAAACUGAAACCAGCCAAGAGCUCACAGAUUCCACUUUUGCCAGCUACAGAGAAAAACUUGGAUCCACAAUUCAUCUAUCACAAGCUAGCCUUAAGAAACAGGCUGAUAGCAUUGCCAGUACCAUUUUGAAGCUUAUUAAAAAUGAUUUAAACCUAGAAAUAAAAAAUGUAUAUCCAUAUCCAGACAAUAUUUUGUUCCAAGAAAACAUUAUUGUGAGUGAAAUUGUUGAGAGUAUCUUACAGAUUUUAGAUGAUAAAAGAUCUGUAAAGGAAAUUGGUUUUUACUCAAAAGAGAAUCCCAACUUUUCACAAUUAACUAAAUCAAAUGAAAUAUUGCCGGGACCUAAACAGAAGGAAGGAAACACCAAACUAUCUCUGUUUACAAAGUAUCCAUUAGAACAAAACCAAAUGAUAUUGGAAAAGAAAAACCAGAGAAUUGUUUUGGAAGAAAUAUUUAUGAGAAAUGAAAACUCAAAACAAAAAGGAAAAACCAAAUUGCUCAGUGCAGUGGAAGAACAUUUGAAUAAGUUGUAUCAAAGAGUAAUGGAAGUUAUAGGCCAUUUGCCUCCAUUUAAUAAAAUCUCUCAUUUUAUAUCUAAUUCUAAAAUUAAAACAUCAGACAUAACACAAAAAAACUUUUUUCAAUCACAUAUUAACAGUGUAGCAAAUGACAUAGUUGAAAGUAUUUUGGGAAAAAUGUACUCUGUAGUUGUGACAUCAUUAUAUGAAAAUAAUAAAAGUAGAGAAGUAGAAACAUCUGACAACAAUGAUUCCUUACCAUUGAAACCGUCAUGGUUUAGAGAAACUAAACAAGCAGGAGAAGGAAGUAAUUCCUCUAGGUAUGUGACACCACAGGUUUAUUCCUGUGCAGAUAGUCAAAAUGUCUCUGUGUUGGAAAACACUUUUUUGCAAUAUUCACCAUUGCAAGUGGAAAAAGAUUUAGUUCAAAUGGUUCUCGAUAAGAUCACAAAUUUAAUCUCACUUCAUCUAGUUGAGAGUUUGGCCUCUGAAGGUUGUUCUGAUGAGUUGCAGCUUCUAAGGCUAUGCGGUUCUAAAGUUAGCUUUAAGGACACCCCUAAGCCAAGUUUUAAAACAAGUUUGAAAGCAAGAUCAAGAGGUACCUGUUUGCCUAAAUUUACAACAAAACCACACCUCGGCCCAAGUGGUGCUAAGGCCAAAAGCAAGAUCAAGUUAGGUCCUGGAGAAAAGAUUUCAAGAGAUGGCCAGUCCAAGACUGCCACUGGGCUGUCACACAUCCUAUCAAUAGGCGAUGCCAAAAAUUUACUGAAAACAAAAUUACCCACUUCCGAACUAAAAAUUUUUGCAAAGGACAUAAUAAGUAAUAUCCUGGAAACAAUUGUAAAAGAAUUUGAAAAGGCAAAACAAACCAGAACAAUGCUGAAUAUAAAAGCUUUACCAUCUGAUCAAAUCAUGGCAGCAAGUAAAAUAGUUAAUACAGUUUUGAAAGAAUUAUAUGCUACAAAUAAAAUGUUUGACAAAUGGCAGACAGAAUCAAAUGACAUGGAAAAUGAAAAAUGUAAGCUAUUGAUGAUUGCUGAAAAUGUUUUGACCGAAAUUUCAAUAAAAGCAAAAGAAUUAGAAUAUUCUCUUUCACUUUUAGAUUUGCCACCUCUUGAGAAUUGUGAAAGCAGAUUUUAUAAUCAUUUUAAAGGAGCUUUUACUAAAGCUAAGAAUACCAAAGGACAAAUUAAUAUGUUUGGAAGGGAAAUUGUUGAAAUGCUAUUUGAAAAAUUACAGCUGUGUUUUUUGUCCCAGAUGCCCACUCCAGAUUAUAAAGAAACUCUAGCAAACAGUAAAGAACAUAUUACUGCUAAAAGUAAAUGUGGUUUUCCAAACAAGCAAAUCUUCAGCAGUUUACCAUUCUAUAAUACAAAGACAAAAGACAAAUUUUCUGUGGGCUCUAGCAACCAGAUUGUUCAAGAGAUCAUAGAAAGGGUUUUAAACACCUUAGAGUCAUUUGUGGACUUACAGUUUAAACAUAUCUCUAAAUAUGAGUUUUCCAAAAUAGUGAAAAUGCCUAUAGAAAACCUUUUCCCUGUCCAGCAGAGACUAUUAAGCAAAAAGAUGCUGCCAAGAUUACAACCAUUGAAACAGUUUUCUGAUGAAUCCAAGUCAAGUACUAUUAUUUUCAAGGAUAAUAUACAGAAUACCCUUCUACAGGUUCAUUCGUUCCAUUCAGAAUUACCUAAAUAUGCUGUUAAUAUUGUCAGUGACAUGCUUGGUAUAAUUAAGAACAAACUAGACAAAGAAAUGAGCCAAAUGGAACCAUCUUCAGUUAGCAUUUUGAAAGAGAACUUUGUAGCAAGUGAGAUCAUUGGCACACUAAUGGACCAGUGUACUCAUUUCAAUGAGUCUUUGAUGGAAAACCUUCCAAAGAGAAGUUUGUUCCAAGGAGCUGAAAAUGCCUACAUUGUUAAUCACGUUCAAUUAGCAACCAAUAUGAAAAUGCCCACAUCAAAGUUAGAGGAAGCCAAUUUGGGGGAUAAUCCUCCACAAAUGAGUGUCCCUGGGUUGGUGUUUUAUUCAGAGGAAGAUAGGGAAAAAAAGUAUAGGAUUUCAUCAAAUUUACCCUCAUAUGUCAGAUCCUCUGUAGAAGACACAAUUAAAAGCUUGGAGCCAAUGGAAAGGCCUGAUUCAGAAACUAUGCCAUCGUGUUCGCUAAACAAACUACAAGACCACAGCCCAAGGAAAUCUAACUCUCACCAUUUUGAUGAGGCCAUGACAGGAAAUAUCUCCCUCCCUGAAAGCAGUGUUCUACAAAAACUGUUUAAGAAAGCAGAUGACUCCACAGAAGCAUCAUUGAAGCAAGUUAUGUCAUUCAUAGAAAUGGGAAAAAAUGAAAAUCCAAGAAUGUUUCAUUAUGAGGCCCUAAAACCAGUUGUUGAGCCAAACAAAAUUCAGACAACUGUUUCUCCACUCAAAAUAUGUUUAACUGCAGAAAAUAUUGUCAAUACUGUGCUGUCCAGCUAUGGCUUUCCAAGUCAAUCACAUGCUAAUGAAAGCAUGGAAGAAAUGAAACCAUUUUUCAUAUCUAAGCAAAGCCCUUUAUCUGAAGUAUCUGGAGGACAAAAGAAUGAGGAGAAGAGUUUGCUUAGAAUGUGGCAUAGAAGAAUCAGCUGUAUACCUGAAGAAGAAAACAAAAACCCUGAAGCCAGCGGGAUAAAUUCUUCUUUAUUGCACAAACGGCACAAAAAUAUGCACCUAAAGACAAAGAAAAUAGGGACUCUGAAUGAAGUGGAAUCCAAAGAAGUAGUCAAUAAAAUUUUUAAUAUUGUUUUAGACUUAUUUUUGCCAGAUGAAUGCGCAGAUAGGGCUACAGAUUCUGGUACAGUAGCAAGAAAAUUUUUCUCCUCCCCAAAUGAUCAACAAAGUAAUAGCAUACUUAGAAAUAACCUAGGGCUCUCCCCCAAAUCGUUUUUUCUUCUAAAUAUUGUGUGUGAGAAACUUAUUAGAACACUUUUGGAAAAAUACACAAGCACUGUAUUUCUUGAUAAUGGUUCUAUUUCUGAUGAAAUAUCAGCAGAAGAAUGUCAACUUUUAAAAAUACUUCAAAGUGUAGAAGAUGGAGAAUUUGAUUAUUGUAAGAGAGCAACGAAUUGUGAACAACUUCAAGGAGAUUACAUGUCAGACCUUUUGGAAAAUCUGGCAGAAAUGGAUCAAGGUUUAUUGUCAUCAGACUCUAUGCUUACUAUUAUUUCCCACAGCUUGGUUAAAUCAUUGAUGGACAAACUAUCUCACAGUAUACAACAAAAUCCUGAAAGUCCACCUUUUGCAAAUGCACAUUUGAACUACAGAACAAGAGAAAUACAAUCUAGUUUCACAAAAGCAAAAAGGUCAGAAUUAAUAGGACAAGGUAAAAGCUCUUUAGCAAGCAUGAGUUAUGACAGUAAUUCUUUGACAGAAUCUUUGUACAAUCCAAGUGUUGUUAGCUCCAAAAUACAAACACCAUUUGGCAAGAAAUACAAAGCAAAAUGCUCUUCUGUGUCAUCUCUUAAAAGACAAAGAACAAAGGAAAUGGAUCCAAUAGCCAUUGAUAACAACCUCCGUCAUGGAGGUAUGAAUACAGGUGUUUAUUCAGCCACAUUUUUGGAAGAAAUAAUUUCAGAAUUGUUUUUUAAUCUCUCUACUUCAUUGUGGGGCAAAAAUAAAAACAUCACUGUGGCCCAGCUCAAUGAGAUGAAUACAUUACUUGUUAACAACAUAGUGAAUGAGUUUAAUAAUGUCCAAGUCACUGUUCUCCGGGAUGCUGAAGAACGGCUGUGUUUUCCACCAAUCCAUAAAGAAACUGUUAGUAAGAUUGUUGACUCAGUUUAUUAUGAUGUUUUACAGCCAUAUGAAUUGACAGUGACCUGUAGUAAUAAUUUGGCAUAUGACAAUACCUCAAUAGCAGAACAAAUAACUAAUGGCAUAUUGUUAGAGAUUUUAGACUACCAACUCCCAUCGUCUUUCAGGGCACAGCUCAUGCCCCACUCAUAUUACCCUCUCAAAGCCGAAAUUAUACUGCAAAAGCUUCAAAAUAACCUGAGAGAAUUUACUUCCCUACCCAAGUCUUCAGCAGGCUAUAGCACCAUGUUAUCACACUCAUUUUUAGAAGAUGUCAUCAGAAGGCUUUUAUCUCAGCUCAUCCCUCCAUCCAGUAAGGUGGCUUCCUCUUGGGGAAAAAAAUAUUUAAUCAGUUCAGAUUUUCUUCAGUCAUUUUUAUCUGGAGAUAAAUCUCUCCUUUCAGCUGCAGUUGAUCGAACUUAUAAAACAAAAGCAAUAGAUCCUAAACAAAGAGAAUUAUCUCUUAUUGUGAACUCAGCUGUCUUUUUGGAGGAAGUAAUUUCUGAGCUUUUAUGCAAAAUCCUUUAUGCAUUUUCACAUAAUGUUUUGGCUGCUGAAAACCCAGAUAGAGCAAAAGCCAAAAUUACUAGCAUUGUUACAACAUUGGUAAAUUCCAUUGUUAUGGAGUUCACCACAUCAGAGCUUUUAGUUGCAGAUAACUUUGAUAAAAACUUGUGUUUUACAGAAGGAUAUAAAGAAAUGGUUCAAAAAACAGUCAACUCAAUCUAUGAAAAAAUAUUAGAUGAAUAUAGAUCUCUGAUUAACAUAUAUAGGGCUAUACAAAGUGACACUGUCUGUUUUGGAGGGAAAAUAUAUCAUUUGCUAUUGGAAGAAAUUUACGAUCAUCAGAUACAAUCAUUAGUUUCAGGAGAAUUAGUGUCUUCUUCCUAUUCUUCCCCUCAAGCUGAUAAUAUCAUCACUCGUGUCCUCAACAUCAUCAUGAAGGAUAGCCAUGCGCUGCCAUCAUGUAUUACUGUGUUGCCUCGUUCUCUUUUAGAAAAUAUGGUUUACAAGCUCCUAGUUCAUAUCUUCCGUUCAACUGACACUGAAAAUGAACUAGAAGAAGAGGUUCCACCAGAUUAUGAGUUUGUGGAUGCAGCUUCAAAACUAACUAAUGAAAUUAUAAAAGAAAUUUCUGAACAUGAGAUUCGACUUUCUACGGCCGAGGAUAACAUAGAAAGUAUGCAAUUAGAAGCUACUGAAAAUUUGAUUGACUCCAUCUGUAAUAAUAUUUUGAAGAAAUCUGAAUUCCAAGAUGAAGUAAAAAGAAGUGCAGGCAAAAAGGGAGGCUCGUUUCUCAGUAAGAUAGCUGGCUUCAUUAUGAAGGAAAUCAUGGAUCAUCAUUUACAGCCAUUUUUACAUGGCGAAGAAUCAUCUUUCAGUGACUUAUCUGAUUAUGACCAUGUCUCUUUACUUACUAAAUCUGGUAAAGAAAAGACACAGCCUUCUCUAUAUUCAGCUACAUUUUUGGAAGACGUAAUUGUUGAUCUUGUCCACAAAUUUUGUUCUCUCCCCAUUAUUACUGAAGAUUCCAAGAAAAAAGAAAUGCCAGAGUCAGACACUGUGGGCUUGGCUAUAAAAUUUGCAAACUCUCUGAUAGGGGAAUUUAAGAAAAGUGAAAUUAAAGUAUUACCAAAUGCUGAAAAAACACUUUCAUUCCCACCAAUCGAUAAAGAGACAACAGUUGAUAAAAUAUCCAAUUUUGUAUAUGACCAAUUCAUAGGAAAAUAUGAAUCUAAUGAUAUUCAGGAAAAUGAUAAAAGUGACAUUGUUAUAGAAAUGAUUGCUGCUUUAGCCCAGAAAGCAAUUGCUGCAUUCAAGAUUCAACCACUUUUUUCAGGAGACUGGUCUUCCAUCUUCAUUUCAUUUCUAAAUCCAGAAAACAUCACCCAAAGAGUUCAGCACCUACCACAAAAAACCUCUACACAGAUAAUCAGAUGCUUAAAAGGGAACCAACUUACUUUGCCACAACAAUCAUAUAAACAUACUUCUUUAUCCUCAGACCAGAAAAAUAUGAUGGAUACUUUGGAAAUAAAUGGAGGUACGAUGAGUAGAAAGAAAAGUUCCAAAACCAAGGACAUAUCAAUGAAAAAAGGUGACAUCCAAAAUCCAAUACUUACUUCUAUAACUACCAUUAUGAAAAGCAACAUUAUUAACCUAAUGUCAGGGUCAGCUGCAGGUGUGACAAAUAAAAAUAAAGAGGAUGAAAAUAAAAUGGGAAUUUCUAUUCAAAAAUAUAGUGACAAUCAAUUCGGAACUGACAAAGAACUUUAUUAUGAUAUAAAAGAUACAAACAAAGUCUUCCCUAAAAAAGUGGCUGGUUUAAUUAUUGAUGGAAUUUCAAAUUUUCUAUUAGAUGCAGAUGCAGUUAGUUCAAAAAGUCCAAAUGCUGCUAACUUUGGAGAGCUAGACAUUAAUAGAAUUGUUCAAAAGGCACAAAAACACUCUGAUAAUAUGGUCCCUGACUUAGACAAAGAAGAAUCAGAUCAAGAUUUAUCUGAAGAGGAAUUUUCAGUUGAAAUAGUUCCACAUAUUGGGAAAAAACCGAUUAAAAUAAAUCCAAGGAUUAUUUCAGAACACUUAGCAGUCAUUUCUGUAAAAACUCAUCCUCUUGAGAAACUUAAGGUGGAGUGUUUAAAAAGAACUGGACAUAGCAUAGCAGAACUGAGAAAAGCGUCAAUAAGUGGUAAAAAUUAUUCUUCCUCGGACUCAUAUAAUGUAGGACAGAGAAAGAAAGAAAGACGUACCUCAUUGGAUAAGUCUGGACGGCUGGAUGUAAAACCCUUAGAGUUUAUCACCAUCUUUGAAGGAACCAAGGAUAUUCCUGGCAAUGAAUCUUCCUCAAAUGAAGACAUUUCAGUUUUACAUGAAUACAAACAUGAAGACUCCAUUCGUAAAAAAAGAAAAAAUGGAGAAAAUUUAGCAAGAUGGCUAGCUAGGUCAAUGAUAAAAGAAUUUCAAUAUCAGUUUAACUUGCUGCUUUGUGAUAUUGUCCCAACUUUGGCAUGUUUGCCUCUGGAAUCCAAGGAUGUUGUUAUUAAUAAAAAGAUACAAAAGGUGGACCAAAUAGCCAGCAAAGAAUGUAGCCCUAAAGAAAAAGUAUCACAUGCUUAUAAGCUGUUUCAACAUAACAGAAGAUUUCACUGUAAAAAUUUAAAACAGUCUGGUUCAUAUACUUAUGGAUUUAAAGAUUUAAUAUAUCAGAGUAAUGUACUCUCCUAUAUAAGACUUUCCUAUAUAAGAACUCAAAUAGAGGAGGAAGUAUCAAGUUCAGAAUUAGUCCUUGAAGUUCGCAAAAUUUUGGAAAAAAUGGUUAAUAUUGUUGACAAAUUUAAGUCCCAUGAAAAACCAAAAGGAUUUUGUGUUAGAUUCGAUCAAAAUGGAUACAGAUGUAAUAUCAGAACACUUCGGUAG